AUGGAUACCGUCGUUGAUCAGGUUAGGAAACUGGCUGCAGCUGCCGACGAGGCAGGUCGGAAAAAGUUGCUUGACUCUCUGCGUGAUUUGAGUUAUGCCAUUGAGACUCCUUAUGACACACUGCAGCGCUUCGCUGGGUUGCAUCUUCAAAUCACAGUUGCUCGGAUUGGCGUUGACCUAGGCAUCUUUGACGCCCUGAACGAGUCCAAGGAGCCGCUGAGUGUAGCAACCCUGGCCGAAAAGACAGGUGCCGCUCCGGAACUUCUAGGUCGUAUCCUACGCGCCCUUGCCUCCUACGGCCAGAUAAAGGAGGCCAGCAAGGACCAUUUUACUUCAAGUUCGACGACCGCGGUAUUGGCAGAUAAAGGUUACCAGGGUGGAAUUCAUCAUUUUUUUGACACCGUCGGACCUGUUCUGCAACAAUUACCUGACUUCCUCGCCGAAACGCAAUACGCGGACAUCACACAGAGUGACAAAACCGCAUUGCAGAAAGCAUUCAAUACCGAACUUCCUGGCUUCAUUUGGUUCCCUAAUCAUCCUGAGCGGUUUGGCUACUUUCAACAGUUAAUGACAGUUCAACGAGCUGGUGCUGUCAAUUGGUUGUCUGUUUUCCCAUUUCAAGACGAGCUAGGCGAUUUUCAGGGCAAGACUGUGUUUGUUGAUAUUGGAGGGGGCUUUGGACACCAAUCGCUUUCAGUUAAGGAAGCGUUCCCUAGUAUUGAGGGCAAAAUUGUGCUUCAAGAUCUACCCCAGACCCUGGAACAUGUACCACCUAUGGAUGGAAUUGAAGUCAUGCCUCACAACUUUUUCGAGCCACAGGUCGUCAAAGAUGCCAAAUUUUACUACCUUCGCAACGUCCUACACGACUGGCCCGAUGAUAAAGCAGUCAUUAUCCUGAAAAACAUCAUUCCAGCUCUAGGUCCCGACUCCCGUAUCCUCAUAGAUGAUAUGGUUCUCCCAAAUGAGAAUGUCCAUUGGCAAGCGACACAGACUGAUUUGACAAUGAUGGCUGCACUUGGUUCCAAGGAGCCCGGAAUUCUUCACUGUUUGUUCGAAGGCUAUUUUGUCACUCACCAUGAUCGCAUGGGGCCCGCGCAAGACAUAUUCGGGCAACUCUGGAAGGAGUACGCCAAAUCGGACUCUCGGUAUUUGGCCUCGGAUUCAUUUGUUGUGAGCAUUGAGAUGAUUACAGUGUUUCUUUGGGGCCCUCUAUGUCUUUAUGUGGCAUAUUUGACUACGAUCAACCACUCGCUCAAACAUCCUCUACGAGUCAUCAUAUGCAUGGCUCAUUUGUACGGGGAUACCUUGUACUAUGCCACGAGCCUUUAUGACUAUUAUGUGAAUGACAUCUCGCACAGUCGGCCCGAGGUGCUGUAUUUCUGGGUGUAUUAUUUUCUGAUGAAUUUUGUCUGGAUUGUUGUCCCUGCUUAUCUGCUAUACAACAGUGUCUGCCUGAUGUCUCAGGCUAUGGAGAGAUUUAACGGGGAGGCCGGGGCGAAGAAGACGCGGUAA